AUGGAAAAUAAAAUAAUCAUUAGUGGAGGAAUUGGGACAGGUAAAACAACAAUAAUAAAAGCAUUAGCAAAAUACUUUAAUCCAGAUGAAGUAGGAAUAAUAGAAGAACAUGUCCGAUGGGAUGAAAUAAAUAAAGUACUACAAACAACAAGUAAAGAAAAUUCAAAUAAAAAGAAACAUCUCAUUGAAAUACUUAAAGAAUAUUUAAAUGAUUAUGAAGAACAAAUAGAAAAGAAACAAAAUAAAAGAAUACUCCUUAUUGAAAGACAACCAAUUGAAUUAAUUGAUACAUUCUGGGAUCCAGAAGAAACAGAUGAUUUAUUAAAUACUCAAGAAAUCAAAAUAUUAAAAGAACAAGCAAAUAAAAUAAUUACUAAAUAUAUAAUAAAAUAUGAAGAAGAAGUAGAAGGAAUAAUGAGAACAAAUGAAUUAUUAACACCAAAAGCAUUAGCAUCAGAACUAUUUUCUAAAUGGGUAACAAGAAACUCUCGUUUAUCACGUUCAUCAAUUUAUCUAAUUUUUCUUGGUGUUAAUGAUAAAAUAAUAACUAAAAGAAUGAGCACUCAUCCAUUAAAACCAGAGAUACGGUAUGAUAUGAAUAAUUUAUAUCUUGAAAUAUAUUCUGCUAAUUAUCUAAAAUAUUAUAAAGAAUUGAAUUAA